AUGCGCCAAUACUGCACGAUGAAACGAAUAAUUACUUUUUCACUAAAAUAUUCUCCUAGAUACUAUGGCAUCUUUUCCAACAAUUAUCUUACAAAUUUCGUGAACAUUGGUAACAGCAUAAACAAUCGGCUUAACCAUUUUUUUGUACAAUAUUUUAACACUAGUAGAACUGAUGAUAUAAAUUCCAACUUGUUAGUCACAUCUCCACGAGACACUAUCAUAAACAACAAGUAUAUCUUGGACCCAGAGGAUUAUGACAGUGGGAUUUACAACCUUAAACAAACUUUGAAAAUCCAGAUCAUGUCUUUACCAUACUUAUCAGAGGAGAUAGCCCACAGUUACUUAAACUUGGCAAUGGCGGAACAUCAAAAUAUACUAUUACUGGACAAUGCAAAGGAACAUUACAUGGCGUCUUAUAAUAUUUUCUGUAAAAUUAAAGGUGCACAAUCACUGGAGGCUUUAAAUGCUUUGACAAAUUUUGCUGUAGUCCUACGCGACCUUGGCAACAUUAACGAUUCUGUUAUAGUACUAGAAAAGGUACUGGCAACCAAAAAAGCAACAAAUGUAAACCCGAAAUUGUUGUUGGACACGCUAAACAACCUAGGGGUUAUUAUGCACGAAACUAAAAAUUAUGAAAAAGCUUUGAGGUAUUACAAAGAGGCAUUGCAACUUAUUGGGGAUUCAAACAACUUCAUUUGUGAGUUCGUUGCACUGCUUUAUUUCAACAUUGGUUGCGCAUAUAGGGAAAGUGGGUCCAUUUCGGAGGCAUUUGAAUAUAUGAAAAUUAGCAAGGAUAUAUGCAACAAACUCGAUAACACGUUGGAACUCAAAAACAGAAUCCAACUGGAACUCAACAAUUUGGGACAAACAAUUUUGUAA